UAUCGAUGAAGCGUUGUUUUGGGUUAAUACCUUAAAACCAUCAGGGGGGUGCAACCUACUUGGUGCACUAAAACAUGUCCUCAAGAGAAAGGAGAUUGACUCAAUUAUUCUGGUUCUAGGAAAUACGCCUGAUCAGAGUCCACAGAUAAUCUGCGAUUAUGUCAGGGAAUCUAUAGCUGGACGUUCUGUCCCAUUACAUACUGUGGCAUAUGACUGCACGGUGUCCAGUACCAAUAUUUUCCUGAAUGACCUUGCCGAACAGACUAAAGGCCGAUACCACUGUUAUGCUUCAACCAGUGAUGAGCAAAUAAUGACAGGUACAGACUUGAGUCUGUUGAAUAAUGAAGUGAAAAAAGCAAGACAAGUUCUGAAAAAGAUCCAGGAACUAAGAGCUGGAGCAUCUUUGAACCAAAGCUACUCCAUGGAGGAUAGGAGUAUGGACAGUUACGCUUUGGAAUCCUUUUCACUGGAAACCACAGAAAAUCAGAUUAUUUCUACCAGAAAUUUUACAGACAGCUCACCACUGGUAGUUGAGCACCCAUCAUUCCCGGCAAGAACAUCACAAGACUGGCUGCAACAACAUGGAUUAAAAGCUAAAGGUCUUAAUCUGUACCAAGUACUGGCACCUAAUGCAUAUUCCUAUGUGGAUGGAUAUAUCUCAUCUAUCAAUAGAAAAGUCCAGUCAAAAGUUCAUGAAAUGAGUAUGGCCCAGUUCCGAUGGCAUGAUGGAACAGUAAAGAAUGUACAUGUUGAUCCAACUCUACUUUUUGAUUAUCAGCGUCACUUGGAAGCAGCAGUUCAUUUGUACAAGAGAAGAACAGAAUGGCUUUCUGUUGGCUGCAGGAAGAUCUUUGGCACAGUCGUUGAGAAAAGGGUUGUGAUUAUCGUAGAUAUGUCAAUCUGUAUGUCACCGGCUGUUCUACGAUUAUACGAACACAUGAGGCUGUUACUAGAGCAACAAAUGGCUAACAAGACCAGUUAUAACGUUAUCUGUUUUGGUGACAAGGUGGAGAUGUUUCGUACUUCUAUGGUGGAACCUUCUCCGGAAUACCUGGAAGCAACUUGGAAAUGGUUUCUUCAGCGUGGCUGCAAAGGCAGUAGGAAUUUCCUGGACGCUUUCAGACUUGCUGUGGAAAACGAUGAAGAAUUAAAACAUGGAAUUGACGUUGAAGGGAUUUACCUGAUAACAAGUGGUGUUCCGGAUGAACCAAAGGAAAUUGUUUGCGGUUUUGUAAGCGAAGCUCUCGCAGGCCGUAAUACAACACUACACACGAUAUUCUAUGAAGUAGACGACGAAGAUGGACUUGUCGCCAUACCAGGAAGAUUCUGUGACCGAGUAGAUACCGCUGUCGUACUACGAGAGAUGGCCCACGUGGUACAAGGUCGUUUUCAUUGGUACAGAAAUGGAGCAAUUAUCGAGAGUGAUGAUUUGAGGACCGUUAUAAACGAGAUGGAUAAGGCAUUUAACUACUCACAGAAGACCGCAAUGCUCCUCGAGACUGUGCGAAGAAAAAAAGUAGAAACGACUCCAGACUCUACGGACAGUGAAAACCAACUAGUACCAAGACCUCCCUCAGCUAGUAAAACCAAGAUGGCUCUCACUCCACCAAGACACACUGCACUUACUAAAGCACGAAUGAAUUCUCUACAAGCUAGUUCCCAGUCCACGAAGAAGAGCAGACCACACAGCGCAUCGUCACAGACUAAGGAAUCGACGUUAAAAGCUUUGUGCUGGAAGCCUCCCACUGCUAAUGCUACAAGUACUUUGAUUCCUGUCCCUCCCGCGCCCAAGAAUUUCGUGGUGAAGGAAAGAAAGUCAAGCCUGGUGAAAGCCAGUCAACAGACGUUCUAUACAGAGGUCAAGAAUGAGACGGGAGCGGUGUACACCCAGUAUCCUACGAACAUCACGAAGAAGACACGAAAACCCAUAACACCGGCAUAUAUACCCGAUAAAGAAGAAGCAGUCACUACCAGAGAGUGGAUGCGACACUACAGCUUAUCUAAACUAAAACUCGACUUGAACAGCAUUGUGGGCACAUCUGAAUGUUCUCACGCCAAGGGUAAAGUACAAACUCUUGGCCAUUCAGUCCCUGCAAGAUACUGCACAAUCUUCCCGAGUAUCGAGGUCAAAGGUGUAGUAAAACACCUUCAUCUCCUGCCACAUGAGCUGCUUGACUACGAAGAACAAGUAGAGAAGGUUAUGAAGAGAUACGUCAAGAGAAUGCAGUGGUUGAUGAGCGGAAGCAGACGCGUAUUUGGGACCGUUGUCGAGAAAAAGGUGAUAGUGCUGAUUGACACAUCGGGCUCCAUGGUAACCAGCAUGGAUGAAUUGAAGCGAGAGUUAGCUGCUCUGAUGUGGGACCAGAUUAGAAAACACACCACCAAGUUUAAUCUUGUUAGAUUUUCAACGGAAGCGGUGCCAUGGAAACCCAAUUUAAUGUCAACCAGUGACGAGACAUGUCAAGAAGCAGUUGAAUGGGUUUCGGAGUUCGAAGCUAAUGGUUCCACGUGUACCCUAGAAGCGCUCCAAAGGGCUUUCGAUGACCCAGAGAUACAAGGAAUUUAUCUGUUAACGGAUGGAAAACCGGAUCAUAGUACAACCAUGGUACUUCGUGAACUAGCCAAGUUGAACUCAGCACGAAACGUUAGAAUCCACUGUACGUCCUUUAACUGUGAUGACAGCGCGGCAAACAAGUUUCUCCAACUUCUUGCGUCUCAAACCGGAGGAAGAUUUCACCGUUGUCAAGGAGACAGUGACGGUCAUGUGUUUACGCACAGGCUUCUGACGGACGGAUUUAGAGAUGACGAGCCAUUAAGCAUGCCAGUGUUCGAGGGAGACGAUUUGCGUCGACUUGCCAGCGAGAUCGCGUUGUGCAGAAAGUUCCUCAUGCAGGCGAGAUCUUACAGGGCGUUAUUCCCAGACAAAACAAAAGGUAAUAAACAGCAUUCAAGAUCAAAGUCUGUUGACAAUCUUCAAGCAAAAAAUGCGCCAUCCAGUAAUCAUGAAAGAAACCCGUCUGGGAUACUUGUCAGAUGAUGGUGGUGGUGCUGGUGAUAGUGAUGAUAUCGAUGCGGCGUGCCACAUUUGAACACUGCUAAUGGAUUUCGUACGAAAGUUCAUAGUUUCGUAGUGUAGUUAUUGUAAAAUAAGAGUGGAAGGAACGUUUGUAUUCUUAUAGAUAUAUUAUCCUUUGAAAGACAUUUCAUACUGGAUUGUACGUAUAUUUAACUAUAUUUCCAUUUCAUAAGAAAAGAUAUGUCAUGAUGAUGAUGAUGAUGAUGAUGAUUAAAAUAAGAGUC